AUGUGCCUCAUUCCAAUCAAAUUUUCACAGCUGUGCGUUUACUAUGUGGGCUGGAUCAUCCACACUCUCUGCUUCCACCCUCUGAGUGGCUACCCUGGACCCAAGCUGGCUGCCAUCACUCCUUUGGUUCAUCUCAUGUGGGACAUCCAAGGUAAGCAGCACUCGACCAUGAAGCGCCUCCAUGACCAGUACGGAGACGUGGUCCGUAUUGCUCCCAAUGCUCUCGUUUACCGCGCCGCACCCGCCUGGAAGGAUAUCUACGGUCACCGCAAGAAGGGCCAAAAAGUCUUCGUCAAGGAUCCGGCCUUGUAUUCACCCACUCCCAACGGUGUUAAUGCAAUAAUCACAGCCAAUGAGCAUGACCACUCUCGGAUGCGCCGUUUGCUGACCCACGCCUUUUCCAACAAAGCCUUGCGCGAGCAGGAAGAAAUCCUCCAGAUGUACGCCAACAUGUUCAUGGAAAAGCUCAAGGGCCUCAUGGGGAGCGCCACGUCCCAAAACAUUGAUAUCACCUGCUGGUUCAACUUCACCACAUUCGACCUCAUUGGCGAUCUCGCUUUUGGAGAACCCUUCGGCUGCUUGUCAAACAGCACAUACCACUGGUGGGUUCGAAUUAUUCUGGAUGCUGUAAAGGCAAGCGCCUACCUCAAGGUCUUUUGGUACUACCCUUUCCUCGUCCCCUUGGUGCGUGUCCUGGUCCCCAAACACCUUCUCCAGAAACGCCAAGCCAGCUUCAACCUAAGCGUUGAGAAGGUCCGUCGUCGUCUCACCCUGGGUGCUACCCGCCCCGACUUCACUUCAUAUAUCCUUAAGCAUUCCAAGGACGGGAAGGGCAUGUCGUCCGGGGAGAUGGAUGCAAACUCGGCGGUCUUCGUCCUGGCCGGCAGCGAGACUACAGCUGCCCUGCUCUCUGGUGUGACAUACUACCUUCUGCGCUAUCGUGACAAGUACACACGCUUGGUCCGGGAAAUUCGCGGUGCGUUCGACAAAGACACUGACAUCAAGCUGUCCACACUGGUGGACCUCCCGUACCUGAAUGCUGUCCUGACUGAAGCGAUGCGCAUCUACCCGCCUAUUCCUUCCAUGCUUCCACGCAUCGUUCCGGAAGGAGGAGCAAUGAUUAACGAGCAAUACGUCCCUGGAAAGGUCUCCGUCUCCAUCUCGCUAUACUCUGCCUUCCACGCCGCUUCGCACUUCAAGAACCCCGAGGCAUUCGUCCCAGAGCGCUGGUUGAACGAGUCUGAUGAGUACAUCAAUGACAAGAAGGAGGCCUUCCAGCCCUACUCCUACGGUCCACGCAACUGUCUUGGUCAACACCUCGCGAACGCCGAAAUGCGUCUCCUGCUCGCCAAGCUCUUGUGGAACUUCGACCUAGAGCUUCUUCCUCAGUCACUGAACUGGACCGACCAGAAGUCCUUCUCACUCUGGAGCCGUCCUGAACUGAUGGUUAAGCUCUUCCGUGCCGGUGCUGGACCUGCACUCUAA